AGACAAACUGGAGAAGGAGAAUAAUACCAUUCCGCUGUAGACUCGGAUUUGAACAAAGAUUCGCAUAUCGGGAAAUAUUUUCUCCAUAAACAGCUACAGCUGACAUACUAGACCAAGGGAAGACGAAGGGCUUAUUCCAUCGAAGCCUAAGGAAGUCGAUUCACGGCUUCUAGAGCACCGUGCGCCGAGGUGAAUUCAUGUUCAGCUCGGUUACACGACAAAACAACGCUCAUUGGCACAUGAAAACUUCAGAUCUUGCUGGACAUAGAUGUGCAGCGAGAAGUAGAUCAACUACUUCGAGGACCUGGAGCCCGAUUGGUGAAGAGAAAUUAAAAAGUGAAGAGAACCACGCACUCAACUUUUCUACAACAGAGAGGUGACAUCCAAUCAAAGCAGUAUGGGAGGUGGCGAGAGAUACAACAUUCCAGAUCGCCCGGCGCCCAAGAAGAGCCACCAGAUCAGCAGGGGCAAGCAGAGAAGUCGAGACCAGAAUGGAGUGGUGCAUUCCGCCUCCUCAGGAGCCUUAGGGGUGCCCCAUCACCACAGCCAUCGCAGGGGUGAGAAGGGCACCAGCUAUUCUUGGUCUCCUGAGGCGCGGCAGGCCGCGUCUGUAGACAAGAAAAAUGCCUCAGUUCGUUUUGCCACACCUUAUGAUCAGAAUUGGGAGGGUACCGUGUCCCAACUGAACAAACUUUUGUCAGCUCAGUGUGGUCAGAACUAUGCUGGAGCCAAGUUUAGUGAGCCCCCAUCCCCAAGUGUGCUACCCAAGCCCCCGAGCCACUGGGUGUCUCUUCCCAUUGGCGCUUGCGAUCAUCGUGAGAUGAUGACCUUUCAGUUAAAGAGCCUCCUGAAGGUUCAGGCCUAAGAAGGUCACUCACUGCUGCUCUCUUAAGCCAAUAUAUGAACGAAGGCUCCGCUUGGGCGUCUUGCCCUCCUCUUGAAUGCUCCAGCUGCGUAAUAUAUUUUACAGCUAUUUUUAGAUUUGCGUCUUAAUAAGGUGAUGACCAUUAGGCAGGCAGAUGUUUCUUCUGAUGUUCACCACCUAACUUUUUUUAAAAAACAACUCAUGGUUAUUACGUUGCUGUAGCCUUGAAGAGCGGUCGAGAAGUUUUAGCGGAGCCGUAUGCCAUGACAAAUGAUGAACUGGAUGUCCUCCUUAAUAACUCAUUGCUCUGUUAUGCUCUUGUUUUGUUUUGUUCUUUUUUUGAUGGCUGUUUGUGACGGUCAGUGUGUUUUUUCUUCUCAACUAGGCCUAGGAGUAGACAAAAUCCACAGUUUCCUUGCAUUGUUUUUCGCUUGCUGAGGUUUGCUGCAUACUCUCGGCUUGAGUUUUAAUCAUGCAGGGAGUGUCAGAAACCUCUUGGUGCUAAGCACAGCAGCAUUUGUAGCGUUAUAGUGCAUACUGCAUUUCCAGGUAUCUAUUUUUAUUUUGCUUUUUGGGAAGUAAAAGCCACUCGACUUCGUUCUGCAGGGAGACCCAAGCGAACAGAAUACGAAGGGGAACAAGCUUAAGUGAACAUAGGUCAUUUGACUAACCUCAAGCCUAAUGAGGUGGCACAACGGACCUUGUGCUUUCAACACCUGUACUUUUUUUUCCCCUUCCUUUUUUUUUAAAUGGCGCUGUGCGCAUUGCACUAUAGGUGUUGAAAUUCUCUAAGGUUCACAAGCUCUAUUGCAGCGUUAAACUUUCUUUUUUGCAUCCCUUGUUUUAGCUUAGAAAACUAAGUGUGAUUUUAAUGUUUACCAAAGCUAAGAAAUCAUCAAUUUUCAGUUGAAACCCCCUUGCUUGACCAGAUCUGGUUACAAGUGCCAUAAAUCAUCGGGUAAGGCAUUAGCGUAUAUCAAGGUUUUGGUUGACAAAUCAUUUUUGGAAUUUUUUUUUUUCUUCUUUCAACUUGGCUGUACUUUUGAAAUGAUCACAGAGCAAAUAUGCGGAGGAGGGUUAUGAUGUGAGAACAUAGAUAUUUUCUGUGAUCUCAUCUCGUAGCCUUGUUUGCUAUGUGAUUGUUUUGAUACAGGUGUUAUGUUAUGAAAUGUGUGUAUUAUGGCACGGGGGAACUGAGAAAUAGGGCGCAAGUCCGGUAAGGACAUGUUUACAUUAUUGUUUUUAUUAGAAGGCAGGCAGCCGACAUUAUACACACACACACUGCCCUUUCUCACUUGUUGUUAUUCUUGCACUGCUGUUCAUUUGUGUUCAGACGUUUCAGACAAUGUUGCUCUUUCAACUGUGGAUAUGUGAUGAAGCACCCCUUCCCACUUAGUAAUGAGUGUGGUGGAAACUACCUCUCUCGCAGAACGUGAUGUUAAUAGCUAUCUUAAAGAUGACAAAACAAAGCUGAUGAGUUUUGAUAUGUGUAAUAGAGCCAUGUAAAUAAUGAAAUGUAUAAAAUGUUGUAGCAUAUUGUACAUUUGUGCGGGAUUGUUUGAAACCUGCAGAUAAAGUAUUUUUAGUAAUAACACUGAAUGUAAAAGCCACGCUAAGGACGUGGCUUGUUUUAAAAAUGCUGAAGAAUAUUUUGUUUAAAAAAAAAAAAAAAGAAAAUUUUGCAUAUAGUGCGUCAAAACCCCUGCACUGUGUGAUUUGUUGCCAGUGAUCUUGCACAUAAUAUUUUUUUGUAUAAUGCACCAUGUAGGGGCAAAGCGAGCUUUAAGUGCAAGUUAAAAAAAAAACAUUUUGAAAUCGAAAGGGACUUUUAUACAUUUUGUUUUUGAGUUGCCUAUGCAAAUAGAUUUUUAAUUUUUUUUUUUUGCAUUGAUAUAACCCUCAUUAUUUUGCCCUUUUUCCAGAGUACAUAAAGCAGUGUUGCAUUCGCCCCAAGUCAUUGGUCUUUCCUCCUUCGUCCAAUGCUUGAAGCCAGCAAAGCUGCAUUUUACCUCCAGAAUGCCAGAAAGAAUUUUAACCUUUUAAAGUAAUAAGUAAAAAAUUUUUUUAAUAGAAUGUGUAAAAGUCCUUUUCCUAAAUUUGGUUAUCUUGAACAAUUGGCUGUGAAUUUAUCCCAACCUUUAAAAUGUCACUUGAAAUGGAAACUGAAAGCCCUUUUGGUAAGAAUUGAACUAAAAUUGUACUCAAAGACUGUUUAAUUUGGUUGUCUAAAAAAAAAAGAAUAAAAUCCUUUCCCUUCCCCCCA